AGAUCUUUCUUUUGGGAGGAGGUGAUAAAUAUUUUGAGGGAAGGGACAACAGAAAAGUCUCCACUAGAACAAAAGAAGGGAGACAGAGACAGAAUGCAAGAGAGGAAGAUGAGGGAGGCAGUGGUUAGGGACGGUAUGUUGUACAGAGGUUGGCUGGGCUGGAUUCCAGGGAGAGCUGAAUCAGACCGCUCUGCCCACCCUUUCCCUGUGUCGUGUUGGGCAAGUCACCUCACUUCUCUAGAACCCACUUUCCCUGUCUGUAAAAUGUGUAUCUGGAGGGAGGGGGAGAGGAGCUACUAGAGGUUGGCCCGCGUUUUAUCUGAUCUGAUUGACAGAGAGCUUGGGAAAUAAGACACCGAAAAGAGGAGAGCAGAGAAAAGAUGCUUGUCUUCCCAAGUUCUCUUAUGGACUGUUGCUGGGGUCUCCAUGCUACUGCUCAGCGCCUGUUUUAUCACCAGAUGUGUUGUGACAUAUCGUGUCCUUCAACUCUGUGAUGAGAAUAAGUUCCAGCUACAUGAGGCAUUCAUGGACUUCUCCUGCUCCAGGGAUGGAUUGGGUUCAGUCAAGAAUUGCUGUCCAUCGAACUGGGUACAUUUUCAAUCUAGCUGCUACUUCUUUUCUACUAACACCAUGUCCUGGGCAUCGAGUUUAAAAAACUGCUCCGACAUGGGAGCUCAUCUUGUUGUUAUCAACACACGGGAGGAACAGGAAUUCCUUUUCUUUACGAAACCUAAAAGGAGAGAGUUCUAUAUUGGACUGACAGACCAGGUGAACGAGGGUCAGUGGCAAUGGGUAGAUGGAACACCUUUCUCAGAAUCUCUCAGCUUCUGGGAUGUCGGGGAGCCCAAUAAUUUAGUGACAGUGGAGGACUGUGCCACCAUCCGAGACUCUUCAAAUCCCAGGAAAAAUUGGAAUGAUGUGCCCUGUUUCUUCAGUAUUUUUUGGAUUUGUGAAAUGCCAGAAAUAAAUGUCUAAAGCAACAGAAAAAUUCUCUAAGAGCAGAAAGCGCAACUAAAAUGCAUAAAUAUGGAGGCACAAGAGCAUGAACAUAGCUCCAACUGGAGAGAAGUGUGUGCGGCAUUAAUGAGGACUCCUUAGGGACAUCGGGAGGACUUCAUUGCUUUUGCUACCAAUAAAAAUGAGUCGUUUUGAAUGUUA